AUGGGUCAAAAAGCUUUGAAAGAGAAGUAUCUUUUUGUGAUUGAGUUAACGUUUUAUGUAUAUGUUGCUGGUGAAUCAUUUGUGCAAGGUUUUGCUCUUUAUUUUAAAAACAUUCAUUUGUGUGUAGGUAUUUCUUUUAUGGCUAGUAAUAAUACAUACCAACUGGAUCCCGGUCCACUUGAUCCGUCUGUAUUAACCGAACAGCUCACUCAUAGGUCACAAGAUAUAUGGAUAGGAAAUGAUGAUAUGAUUUUGAACACAAGGAAGUGUGAUGGAAAGUUUUGGGACCUCGUAAAUGAACAUCCCAUCCAUCCACGAGUCUUAGAUGUAAUUAGAUUAUCCGGAUUGUACGGUGUUUAUAGAUCUCACCGGCCUGUUGUAGAUCGUAGUUUAAUCACUUCACUAGUUGAGAGAUGGCGUCCUGAGACUCAUACCUUCCAUUUUAAGACAGGUAAGGCCACAAUCACCUUACAGGACGUGGAGAUAUUGUAUGGCUUACCCGUGAAAGGUAAUCCAGUACUUGGAUAUGAACCACAGAAGACCAUAGCGGAUUGUCAAAAUAUUUGUCAAAGACUACUAGGUUUUACUCCACAUACUCAAGACUUUAAACAUAGUAGUCUUAAGGUCUCCGCGCUUAAUGCACACUUGCGACUUCAACCACAACUGUCUGAUUUGGUAACACAAGAUAUGGUUAAUGAGAAGGCUAGGUGUUAUAUGUUUUGGAUGAUUGCUGGUUUAAUGUUGGCAGACACAUCUGGUGGUCUUUUAAAGCUUAUGUACUUGCCUAUGCUCGAAGACAUCACUGCAAUAGGGUCUUACAAUUGGGAUAGUGCAACCUUAGCAUGCUUAUAUCGCUUUAUUUGUAAAGCCUCCCAAAGUACCCAGAAUGAGAUUGCUAGAUUCCUACCACUACUUCAGAUUUGGGCAUGGGAGAGAGUUACUGUUCUCAGGCCUCAAAUAGUAGCACAAAAGGACACGAGAAAUAUUUUUCAUGUUGGUUUACCUAGGGGUCCACAUGCUGCUAGAUGGUUUGCACAUUUUAGUUGGACCAACACUACCAAGCAUGUGCUAAGAGUUUUUAGGGAUGCGCUUGAUUCAAUGACUAAAGAUCAGUUUAUUUGGGAACCAUAUUCUGCUGACUUGAUUAAGAGUCGUCCCGACUAUUGCCGCGUUGGAAGAGAUAUAUGGCGUGCUAGAGUUCCAAUUUUUUGUUGGGAUGUCGUGGAGGUUCAUUUGCCUGAUCGAGUUAUGAGGCAAUUUGGAUUGGUUCAGGAGAUACCAUCUCCAUUUCCAUUUGAUGCUACUCAUUUUCACCACGAUCGUCGAGGAAGGCCAAACACUAAUUGGGAGUUGGAGCAUGCACAAUGGUUACCUUUUUGGAACCAUAUUGACCAAUAUGUCUGUAAUGCACCAAUCAUUCAUGGAUCACUUAGGUAUGAUGAUCCCUACCUUAUUUGGUUCAGACGUAUUACUCGUUUUGUCAUUGGUAAUCCUACUUCGCGUCCUCAACAACUACAAGGUUAUGUGCCUAAUGCGACUGCUUAUGAAACAAUGGCUGAUAGGAUUAACGUACAAGCCAAUUAUAGAAGAGACGAGGUACAGUCUGAUCAUUUGCAUCCCCCUAUUCGUAGGCGAGGAAAAGGUGGUGUUGCGGGUAGAAGGAUGCGUGCUGUUGAGAGAGGUCGAGCGCCUAUUGAAAUGGGUGACGAGGAUCAAGCCACACAAGAUGUCCAAGCAGCACCGGAACAUGAACCAACAAAUACUAAAAUUGUUCCAUACAUGACACCACAGACUCCACAAAUAUCAAGAGCUCCAAGUAUUUCAUCACAUGAGAAUGCCUUUGGUAGUUAUCAACCUCAACAUUUUGAGAAUGCUCUAAACUUUACCUCAUCACCUGUAGAAGGUAAUGAGUUGAAUGAUUCCAACGAUGAAGUGAAUGGUGAUGAGAUGGAGGAUGCAAGCCAAGGUGGUGAACCUUCGGUGAAGAAGAAGCGUAUAAUUUUUCCUAAGCUUUGUGGGACAGGGAGUCACUAUCUUAACGAGCACGGCCAAAAGAAAAAAACAAAAGGUAAUAAAGUCUUUGUAGUAACAAAGAAGAAAAACAAAGGAUAA